AUGGCUUCCCAUUCCGCUGAGGCCAGCGUUCCCUCGCAACGAGGCUCGGGCAUUGACUUCAAGUCGACUAGAAUUCAAGGGUCCAAUCAGCCUCGAACCUACGCAAGAGCUACCCAAGGUACUCAACCUUAUACCGGAUCAUCUAACAAAAAACUUCAUGGUCUUGAUCCAAGCUCCGAAGAGAUCGAUUCUGUCAUCGUUCAUGACCUUCACUGGUGGACGAACGACCAAGAUCUCGUCUCACUUGCCGAUCAAGUGGGAUUCGUUGUUGGAAACAAGGAUGUUCAAUUUUUAGAACAUAAAGUCAAUGGAAAAAGUAAAGGACAAGCAGUGAUCAAUUGUCAUACCAAGGAAAACGCAAUGAAACUUCAUGAGUUCUUCCAACACAACACUUUCCAAGGCAAGAAGCUGCCCUCCGCUUUAUCCUCUUGUGCCUACGGUAACCCUCUCCAUCCUGGCAAUCAAGACUUUCCCUCCGUUCGCCCUUUGAGUACCGCCAUUCACAGUGCAGUUCGACAACCCACCAACGCACAUGGUGGGGUCAACUUCAAUCGAGUCCGACCCAACUCUCGAACUGCGAUUCACGCCAAUCUCGGCGUCGGACAUCCAAACCCCCGAACCUUCAGUAUGGGUAAUUUCAAUCCCGUUCCUAUGCAACCAGGAAGCUCUGGAGAGAUGGUACCAAUUGACCCCGCCAUCGCUUGGUCCUCUCAACAACAAGAGUACAUCCCCUUCGGUUGUAUUCCCAUGAACCCUCCUUUCCAAUAUAACGGACAAGAUUAUAUGAUGGGCGGAGUGCUUCCAGCUGUCCAAUAG